AUGGCAAACGAAAAGACGCUUCUUUCUGAGCUUCGUGCUCGUAGUGCAGUUGAUUGUGAUACCCUGGACGUGGAAGUCGCCAAAGCAUUGGGUCCCUUUGUUGAUUGUACAUCCAACCAGGCCAUCGUCAACGUCGAGUUGCAGAAACCCGAGAAUGAGUCCCUCAUCAUCGAGUCAAUUCAAUUGGCCAAGCAGAUGUACGAGCAGUAUGCCUCUGAAGCAACUUUCGAGCAAUUCGCCACAGAAGUCAUGGCAGUCAAACUCUCGGCAAGAAUGAUCCCUUACCUCGUCGGCCGCGCUCUCAUCCAAACAAAUCCCUACAAUGCCUACUCCACCGCCGCCACAAUCGCAAACGCCAAACGCAUCAUUGCAAUUUACAAGACUGUGCUGCCAUCUCACCCAAGCAACCGCGUCUGCAUCAAAAUCCCAAGCACUUGGGAAGGCAUUGCCGCAUGCAAAGUACUUGAGAGCGAUGGUAUCGUCACUCUAGCCACCACACUCUUCAGCUUAGAACAAGCAGCAGCAGCAGCACAAGCCAGAUGCUCCUACAUUGCCCCCUACGUCAACGAAUUACCCGUACAUUUCGUCCCUGGCCACAUCGACAACGACAAAGGCUUCACCCUAACCCGGUCCUGCCAAAACCUCUACACCCGCAUCAACGCCAAAACCCUCGUCAUGCCCGCCUCGUUGAUUUCUGUGGCUGAAUGUUUGCAAGUAAGCGGUGCCCACCACAUCACCAUUUCACCUCCUCUUCUUGCCGCUUUGGCCGCCACUCCCGCCCCUGCUAUUUCUUCUACCUCCGCACCAUUGUUUUUCGAUCAAGUGGUACAAGGUGAGGAAGUGGGAGAUGAGAAAUUGAUGGAAGAUGUGAGGGAAGAGGCAAAAUAUAGGAUCAGGUAUACUAGACUCAAAGGUGGGCAAGCGGAGAAGAAAUUGGUGGAUGCGAUUAAUAUUUUUGCGGAUUGUCAGGAUGGUAGUGAGGAGUUGGUGAAGAGAUAUUCUAAGUAG